AAUUUUGCAAUCUUCGUUGAUAUUUGGAUUCAAUCAAUACCUUCAUCUGAAGCUGAGAGGCGCAGCGCUAGGGUUGGUAACGGGCUGGGCCGAGAUAGGUCACCAUCCUCGUCCCCGAGAAAAUAAUCGCUUCCAACCCCAUUACUUAGGUUCGGGGGCGGAGUCAAGGAUUCUCCGUCUCCAUCGAUGCGGUGACCCGACCCAUGGGGAUCUUUGUCAAACCAGAUCCAAUUUGGUUGGGACCCGACCCAUCGCCUACUGAAGAGGACUUUGGAGCGUGACUACUGAUACUUCCUCUUACUUAGCUCACACUUCUUCGUCCAAGGCUUUCUUUCCCUGAGUAACUACUGAUACUUCCUCUGUUCUACUCGGCCAUGGAAAUUCUUGUUAGACGCUUAGCUUCUAGCUUCUCUACUUCACUUGCCCGUUCCACUUCCAAUUUUCCAACUCGGUUCCCUUCUCACAUCGGUAGCCUUUGUAGUUUUUCCCACUCCUCCGUCACCACUGAAGGUGAUGCUGCAGUCAAUUGCCUUGGAUUUCGGACGUGGCACAAUGGGGGUGGGACUUUCCACCACUCCGCUUCCAUUGAUCCAACGGCAGUUGUCGAGAUUGGUGCCGUGGUUCACUCGAACUCUGUCGUUGGUCCAAGUGUGCAUAUUGGAUCAGGUUCUGUUAUAGGACAUGCUGUUACGAUUGGUCAAUCAACAAAGAUCGGGUUUAAUGUUGCACUUAGUAAUUGCAACGUAGGUGAUUUUUGCGUUAUCCACAAUGGAGUGUGCGUUGGUCAAGAUGGAUUUGGAUUUUUUGUGGAUGAGCAAGGAACUAUGAAAAAGAAACCUCAAAUGCUGAAUGUCAAGAUAGGAAUGAAUGUAGAGAUUGGUUCCAAUACAUGCAUUGACAGAGGGAGUUGGAGAGAUACUAUCAUAGGCAAUAAUACAAAAAUUGACAAUUUGGUUCAGAUCGGUCAUAAUGUAAUUAUCGGAGAUUGCUGCUUGCUUUGUGGACAAGUGGGAAUUGCAGGAUCCGUGACGAUAGGGGACUAUGUAACAUUGGGUGGGAGAGUAGCUAUCCGUGAUCACGUGUCAGUUGGAUCAAAUGUACGGCUUGCUGCCCUGAGUUGUGUCACCAAAGACAUUAAGGAACCUGGGGAUUAUGGUGGCUUUCCUGCUAUACCGAUUUCUGCAUGGAGAAGACAAGUCGCUAAGCAGUCUCAGGCAUCAAGGAAGAAAUGAAAUCAGAAAAUUUCAAGCUCCUUUGAUCUGCUACGGACCAACAUCAUACGAGUUUGGACAUUCAGGUCAUGCAAGAGUGGAACAGCUAGUGGAUUUUGGCUUUUUGAUAUCAUUCAUGGGCUGCUGGUGGAUUUUUUAUUUGAUUCAUGGGCAGCUGUUCAAGGAUGGGCAGAAGAAGAAGCAGAAGCAGAAAGUAAUAAAAUAAUAAUUAUGAAAUUAAAUCCGAACCUUCCACCAGAACAUAUCAUUCAAGUAAUACUCUCCAAACUCCCCUUAUUCAAUUUACCUAUUAGACUCGUUUGUAAAGCAUGGAACAAUAUUGUUUUAAGCUCAAAGUUCUUAAUUUCCACCAACUUCUUCUUGACCUACACUUUUCCCGCUCGUUAUCUCGAUUGUAUUGAUUUGGACCAGUAGUGGUGUGGGCACAUUUCAAUUGCAUCCAUCUUAUUUUAUCAACAUGCAUAAAACUCAA